AUGGAGACCAUCGGCGCUUUCGGUAGCACGUUCAGCCACUGUGUCGAGCUGGCUCUGAGUCCCAAGGGAGUUCCCUACGAGCUCGCACUAGAAGACCUGGGCAACAAAAGUGAGUUGCUGCUGACCCACAACUCCGUCCACAAGAUGGUCGCCGUGCUCCUCCACGAUGGUCGGUCCAUCCGUGAGUCGCUCUUCAUCGUCGAGUAUGUGGACGAGGCCUUCCACGGGCCGCCACACCUGCCGGCCGACAUCCACAACCGCGCCACCUCCCGCUUCUGGGCUCACUUCAUCGAUCAAAAGGUUGCGCGGCCGUUCUGGAUGUCCUUCUGGCCGACGGCGGAUGGCGGCGAGGAGCAGAAGGAGGGAUCCGUGAAGGAGGCCAAGGGAAACCUACUGCUUCUCGAGGGGCAGCUGAAGGGGAAGUGCUUCUUCGGCGGCGACGCUAUGACCUCGUGGGGCACUUUGACUAGUAGAAAACGCUGCAUCUACACGAGGAGGCCGCUGCCCAGCCGUGACCCGCCGAUCCAGUCACUGACAACUUCGCGCCGAUGCCGGAGAUGCCAUCCCCGCUGUGGAACUUCCCGCUGGCGCCGACGAGGCCGGCCCGGCAGCAGCAUCGGAGAGAUCCUGCCUGCUGAGCUCCUCAUCGGCGCGAACCAGCUGUUCCCGCCCAUGGCAGGGCACCACCUGCUCGGCGGUGUGGGGCUAGCAGAGAUGGUUCUCUUCGGCUGCCGCCGGUAG